ACGGAUGUUAUUGAUUUUUGUUUUUUGUAUCUUUUGAUUGUAGUCGAGUGCUCUAUUUAUAGAGCAACUCGUAUUACUACAUUUGAAAUUUACAACAUCCUUUUUGACAAUAUGAUAUCCUGCAUCCCCCAAAGUCAGUUUUCAAUUUGUAUGGGUAUUGAAAACUUCUACGAACACUGGAAAACUUCUACCAAUGCACUGUGGGCAUUCAUUACCCACCAGUCUUUUCAAUCAUAUCCAUUAUUGGUCAUAGUCUCAAUUAGAAAUUUCAUGCAUAUCCAAGGUUAGGCUCGUUUAUACACUAUUCUUACUCAAUUAGAAAUUUCAUGCAUAUGCAUAUUGGUCAUAGUCUCAUAGCUAGCUAGCUAAGAGCUUGCGUCAUAUAUGAGGAAAGAUGGAGCCCCUUGUCUUCUAUAAAAAGAGAGAAAUAGCACCAACAAAAGUCGAAUAUUCAAUCUUUUGAUCAACAUCGGUUGCUCGCUCCUGCAUCUCUUCUGUUUGUAAUUUGUAGCCAAAUCAAAAUGAGCUGGUGGUGGGCCGGAGCUGCUAGCGCUGCCACCAAAAAAUUGGAACGAGUUGACGCCCCAUCAUCAAGAGGUCAUCAAAGCGUGGCGCUAGUGGUCGGCGUUACGGGCAUAGUGGGCAACAGCCUAGCCGAAAUCCUCCCACUCCCUCACACCCCCGGCGGUCCGUGGAAAGUGUACGGGGUCGCGCGCCGUCCCCGCCCGAACUGGAACGUUGAUCAUCCCGUUGACUACAUUCAGUGUGACGUGUCCGAUGCAGAAGACACCAAAAUCAAGUUGUCACAACUAACCGAUGUCACACACAUAUUUUACGUGGCAUGGGCCAGUAGAGCCACCGAGGUCGAGAACUGCCAGGCCAACGGGGCCAUGUUCCGCAACGUCCUGCGUGCUAUUAUCCCAGUGGCACCGAACCUCUGCCACGUGUCCUUGCAGACCGGGGCCAAACACUAUGUCGGGCCGUUUGAGUCUAUAGGGAAAAUCAAAGCCCACGACCCGCCGUUUACGGAGGACUUGCCCAGGCUUGACGUGCCCAAUUUUUACUACACUCUUGAAGACAUAUUGUUCGAAGAGGUCAAGAAAAAAAAGGGUUUAACUUGGUCGGUACAUCGGCCUAAUAAUAUUUUUGGGUUUUCUCCUUAUAGCUUGAUGAACAUAAUCGGUGCGCUUUGUGUUUAUGCUGCUAUAUGUAAGAAGGAAGGAAGACCUUUGAAGUUUCCCGGAAGCAAAGCGGCUUGGGAGUGUUAUGCGGUGGCUUCGGAUGCAAAUUUGAUAGCGGAGCAACAUAUAUGGGCGGCAGUGGAUUCGUAUGCGAAAAACGAAGCGUUUAACGUGAACAAUGGAGAUGUGUUUAAGUGGAAACAUUUUUGGGAGGUGUUGGCUGAGCAGUUUGGGAUUGAGGAGUAUGGGUUUGAUGAGGAGGAGAGUGGUAGGCUGAGGUUGGUAGAGAUGAUGGAGGGGAAAGUCGGUGUGUGGGAGGAGAUUGUGAGGGAGAAUGAGCUGCAGCCGACCAAGUUGGAGGAGGUGGCGGUGUGGUGGUUUGCUGACAUUGUGUUUAGUGGGGAGGCUGUGUUGGACAGUAUGAAUAAGAGCAAAGAGCAUGGCUUUUUGGGAUUCAGAAAUUCCAAAAAGUCCUUCAUUUCGUGGAUUAAGAAGAUGAAGGCUUACAAGAUUGUUCCAUGAAAUGUAUCAUGAUGAAGAAGAGAGAGAGAGAGAUAGAGUUCAUAUACAUAUAUAUAUAUAUAUAUAUAUAUAUAUAUAUGUGUGUGUGUGUGUGUGUGUACAAAUAAGAAAAUGAAGCAUAGGGAGAGUACCUAUAACAUGCAUAUGUAGUUACAAUAAAAAAUGUUAUUCUUACA